AAAAGAAACAUGUUAUCGUGUUCCCGCCAAAAUACCAUUAAUAGAAAAGUUGUUUACGAAUCGUAACUUAAUAUUUUUUCGAAUUAUACAGACGUUAAAUAAAUGGAAGCCGAACUCCAACAGCAAUUUGAUGAAAUGGGGAUUGAGCCGAGUGCCCAAGUUUUGCAAAAAUGCGCAGAGCUCGCGCUCACGUAUUGCGUUAAUGAUGCUACCGAAUUUGUGGAACAAUGGAUGGCAUUCAGUUUGUCCCAUUUGCACGGAGAUGAACCGGCAAUCGAUAAUCUUGGCGAAUUCGAACGCAAGGUGCUACAAAUAAAACGAGAAAAGGUCGGCGCCAAGAAGACAGCAAACUACGCCAAAUCCCAAUCUACUGCAUUGGAAUCAAGUUCUUUAGCCACCUACGGUCUGGUGGAAGAUGAUCCCUUGAUGGAUGAUUAUGUGGACAACUCUGGGUCCCCACAGCCUAAGACUCCCAAAACGCGAAAUAAACAGGGUCGGUUGAAGAGUGGCAUGGUAUUCAGCCCAGCCAGCUUCACGCCACAAUCGGCAAAGAGAACUCCAGCUGCGGACACAACAAGCACAAAUGGAAAACCUGGAGAUAUUGUGGACACAUUUGGUCAUCCCAAGCUUAUAACCGCCUGUACGUGGCAGUCAAAGAUCGAGCAAGCACUGCCAGUAGUUCAGAAAUUGCUUCACAAUGAUGUACCAUUGACAAUCGCUAAUCUCAGGUAUAUGAACGAUCUGCUCUACGACAGAUGCGAUGAUCUACACGAUCGUGUCGUGGAUAUUGGCCAGGCGUUGGUGGACAAAAAGCUGGGCAGCAUAGGUGCUGCCGAAUGUAGCUGGUAUCCGCAGGACAGGCACACACUGGACGCACUCCACGUACUCCAUGCCGUGGGCAUGAUACAUUCCGACGAUGAUGGCCCACUGGAUGCGCACUCCGCUCUGCUAGCCGUGCUCAAUACAGAUGAGAAAUGCCUGGCUCUGAACUUUUCACAAAUCAAGUCGGCUAGCAUAUUUCCUGGACAGGUGGUGCUAGCCAAAGGAUUUAUACCACGUGGCGACACUUUUGUGGUGGAGGAGAUUUACACAGAUCGCAAACUGACGCCACCCCCUCCAUUGAAAGUGGAUCGCGAUGUGCAGUUUGUAGUUGCUGCUGGACCGUAUACCCACAGCACAGAUCUAUUCUAUGAUCCAAUGCAUCAGCUGCUCAAAUAUCUGCAGGAACACAGACCCGACGUCCUUCUGUUGACGGGUCCCUUCCUGGAUGCCGAGCACACGCUUGUCGGCGAGUUGGCCGAGACCUUUGAGUCGUUCUUUGAGAAGAUGAUUGCGGGCAUCAUGGAGGCAGUGGGCAACAGUACCACAGUGGUGCUGAUCAGCAGCCAGAAAGAUGCAAUGACUCCAGCGGUUUAUCCUACACCCGCGCCAAUGGUGCGAAAAACAUAUCCCAAUUUACAUAUGCUGCCCGAUCCCUCGCUGGUCGAUCUGGAUGGUAUCACGCUGGGCGUUAGCUCUACGGAUGUGGUGGACCAUCUGCUGAGCCACGAGUUUGCCGCCAAUGCGGGCGAGCGCAUGCAUCGCGCCAUCAAUCAUCUGUUCAAUCAGGGCAGCUUCUAUCCGCUCUGCCCGCCUGCCGAUGAGAACAUGUCCUACGACUCACAGUUGGCGCAGAAAUAUGCACAGCUCAAGCAGCUGCCUAAUGUGCUUAUACUGCCUAGCGAUCAACGGCAUUUUAUACGUCUGGUCAAUGAUUGUCUGGUCAUCAAUCCGGGGCGCUUGUCUGACAAAAAAGGCGGUACUUUCGCCCGUUUCCUGGUGACGCCAACAGCACCCACGGCCACAUCCAAUGCGAAUAUGUUUAAUAGCGUCGCGUGUCAAGUUCAACGUAUUUAA